AUGAAACACUAUGCAGACGCCAAGCACGAGGAUGUCACGUUUACUAUAGGUCAAUGGGUUUAUGUUAAGCUCAGACCUUUCUGGCAACGCUCAAUCGCCGGGUUGACUCACUCAAAGCUGUCAAAACAGUUCUUCGGUCCCUUCCAAAUCAUAACACGAGUGGGAGAAGUCGCAUAUCGGCUCCAGUUACCGGAGGAAUCACGAAUCCACCCAAUCUUUCAUUGCUCCCUUCUACGUGCCCAUAACGGCUCUGCACCGUCUUCCUCGGAUUCCUGGCCUCUACAGGUUAUCGCCUCUGGAAGAUACUUCCUAGGAGCCAUGGCUCGAGAUUAUUAUGUUAGGAUUAGGGAAGAUUUCAUCAUUGCAGUGAUAUCCAAGGAAUAUCCACCAAGAGAGUCUAGGGACUAG